AUGGAUCCCAACCAGCAUCUCCAGCUCCAGCAGCAGCAGCAGCAGCAACAACAACAGCAACAGCAACAACAAGGCAGCCAGCAGACCGCCCCGGCCGCAGCGUCUAAGCGCAGAAAGAGAGCAGAGGGCGGGGAGGACGAGGCGGCGGCAGCAGCAGCAGCAGCGUCUGAACCGCGGCGACUGCGACGGUCGCACGAAGCAUGCGCAAGAUGCAGGAGCAAGAAAAUAAAGGCAAGUCCCGACGGCAAUUUCCAGAGAGAAAGAUGCGACUCGAAGCACCCCCGCUGCACCGCCUGCGCGACGGCGGGCACGCCCUGCAACCAGGAGGACCGCCAUCGCCGCACACUCACUCCCAGGGGUUACACUGAGCGCCUCGAGCUCCAGCUCGCACAGUGCGAUGCCCUCCUCAAGCGCCAGUUCCCGGGCUUCUCUCUCGACUCCCUCGACGAGCUCAUCGCUCGCGAGGGCAUCGAGAUACCAGGCAUACCCCCGCCCCCGAGCCCCAGUUUCCAGCUCGAUCCCGCCAUCCGUUCCUUCCGCCCCCACGACCACCCCCCGCCCCAGCCAAACCCAAAGGCAUACCAGCAGCCCAUCUUCGCCCCCAUCAUGCACCCCUCCUACGGCCCACACCCCAUCAUGGGCCCCUAUGGACCAGCCCCUCCGUACCACCACCAGCUCAUCCAGGGCCCCCCGCCCGCCCCGUACAACCCACAUAUCCACCCCGCAUUCCAGCCGUAUCCACAGGGCCCGCCCCCGCCUAUGCAUCAGCACCCUCCUCCCCCAGACCCAGUCCAUCCGCACCCACACCAACCACUUUCUCCUGUCAUGCGCGCUACCAGGGGCACAGAUCCAAACGGCCACGACAUGUCCAGCGCAAGGGCACUUGCUACAAACUUUGGCGUAUCUCCCGCCAUCACCUCAGGCCUCAAGCUCGAUGCUGGCAGCGAGGAGAUCCCCGUCGACACAAAUGCCUUGCCCAAGCUCGCCCUCCACGGCCCCCGCGAGGCAGAGCACUGGAUCUCCGUCUCCGUCCCCAGAGACAAGACCGGCGGUGGUCCCAACGUUCUUUCUCUCUACGGCCCCAUCACAAAGUCGCCCCAGGUCGACAUCUGGCUCCCCAAGGACCGCGCUUUCGCAAGCCACAUCGUCGAAAUCUACUUUAAGCAUCUCAACAUACAUCGUCCCGUCUUUGCUCGCAAAGACUUUGAGAAAAUUCUCGACGAUCUCUACGACGGUGUCACUCCCGUCUAUGACCCCGGUCAUGUCUGCAGCAUUUACCUGAUUUUUGCUCUCGGUACACUUUGCGAACUGAAUCAUCGCGCUGUUGCAAAAUCUCCAGAGGCUGACCAGUUCUUGGGCUCUGCCGUCUCCAAGAAGCUCAUGCCCCCCAACUGGCCUGAGCACGUUGAAUUCUUUGAAAGAGCUCUUGCCACCAAACCCGACCUCUAUGUCGCAAUUUCUAGCUUGCAGGCACUUAUCCUGCUCUACUGGUAUCUCUACAUCGAGCGUCAAGGCCGCACCCUAUGGCGUCUUGUCGGAAAUCUAGUUAGACUGUCUAUCGAGCUCGGUCUCCAUCACGAUCCGACCAUCCAAAUGGCAGCUGGCACCAACCAGCACAUCUUCACCGAAGAAGAAAGCCAGCUGCGCAUCCGCCUAUGGUCCAUCGUCCUGGCCCAAGACCGGGGGACGUCCAUCCUUCUCGGGAGACCCCUCGCUAUCGCCCCCUCUGACACCAACACUCCACAGCCCACGCGUGCAAAGAACAAAAACUUUGUCGAGUUUUCAGAGCACUUUGAGCUGUCUCCCGCCGUCGCCGAUAUCCAGGCUGACAUCAUCAACUCCAUGUAUGCCCCCAGCAUGCAGUCCGGGGACACCAUCAUGCGCAACGCCACCAGGAUCAUCAAGAGCAUGGCCGCGUUUAGGAAUAAUUUGCCAGAGAAAUAUCAAUACUACUUUACUGGUACUGACAACUGGUCGACAGAGAAGAAGGCCAAGCUGGUCCAUGAUAUCAGCGAGGAUCUCGGUCUCACCCUGCUCAAGAUUGGUAUCGCCCGCAUCCUGAUGCUCCGCGCCUUGUUCAACAGCAAUGAACUGUCCUACGAUCAAAAGCACAAGGCUCUCGUCGAUGCUAUCAUUACGUCGCACAACAUCAUCAUCCUCCAUAAUCAGCUGAUCCAAUUCCCCAAUAUCGCCUUCUUCACCUCUCCUAUCCCACUGCAUAUCGCCGCCAUGGUCAUUCUCUACGGCCACAUUUCCGAGGUCCAGUGCCUGCCACCGACGACCGCCGUUAACGAUGUCUUCCUCGCGCUUGACAUGAUCCCCAAGUUCCGGUGGCGCUGGGAGCGCAAAGACGCGAACGGCGGGCAUCCACUCAUCGCCAAGCUCGUCGAGCACGUCAUGAAAGUGAACCUCCACAGCUUCGUCCCCGAGCAGAAGCCACCGUACCUCAUCCCCGAGCUCGACUGGGACGAGACAAAGUCGCCCGCGAUCAAGUCGCAGCACGGUACACCCACGCUCACGUCCGCCGCGGGCGGGUACGGCGGUGGGCCCGGCGGCGCGCUGUACAAGUCCCCGCAUCGCCCGCUGAACGCGCUCACGAACCCGAUGCAUCGCGCGGGGAGCGGUGGUGGUGGCGGCGGUGGCGGCGGCGGCGGCGACCCCGACGCGACGAAGCUCGUCGAGAUGCCGUCGAAUUUGUUUUACCCGUUCUUCCCUGAGGCGCAGGUGCCCGUGUCGAACCCGGGAAUGAAUGUGCCGACCAUUUUGAAGUCGGUCGCGGCUGCGCAGGACGGGUACGAUGGUGCACAGGGCUACCCCUCUAACCGUAACGCGGCGUCUGCUGAGCAACAGGAUAUCGACUGGAUGUCUCCCAUGCACCCGCCUCGCAGCUAUUCGUCUUGA